GUUCUCGAGACAUUUUAUGCCUUUAAUCCCCAGAUUCAAUUAAAAAUAGGCACUGUUGAAGCACAACCGCGGCCAGUCUGUACGAUGGGAGACCCAAGCCAGGCCCCUUCUCCGCCGGGGCGAGAGGCAUACCGAACCUUCUUCCGUCAAAGUUUUUCUCCCGAGCCCACAAACGAAAUAUUCGAAAUUGCACUGAAUCUCAAUAGAAUAGCUGCCAAUAUCAAAUGUUCUAUUCGCUACACGCUCACAAGGAUCUUGGGGGUCAUUCAAAGAAACAGCACGUCAUACGAUCCUACCACGACGAAAAGACCCCGCGAUUCCUGCUCAAGUCUACACCCUUAACCGCAAGAGGGGCGAUGAAUUCGCAUCAUCCCCAGACUACGGUUGGAGCCGUGCUGCGUGGCCUAGCAUGGAUGGCAGAUGUUGCGGCGAUAGUUGUUCUCGGUUAUGUGGCUCACGCGUGGCCUGCAAAUGCAGGUGUAGUAGCCUCUGGAUUAAUAGCAGCUGCAAUUGCAAUGCUGAAUGAUAGCUGGCAGAUGAUUGCCGUGAUAGAUCGAUACUUUACAUUCCCAGCCAUGCCUCCUGGCCGACUGUUACUGCAUGACGGCAUAUGCCUUAUCACGGCGGCCAGUGGAGUUGCCAUGAUUGUAUUCAUGGGCGGAGAGACAAAAGAACAUCAUGAUGUCUUCCCUUUCAACGGAGAGAUCAAAGUCAGCGCACAGCCUAGCGAGCAGCCACAAAGCAUCUUUUCAGAAAAGGAUUUGCUGGCCAAGGGCGUCUGGCUCAUAUUUUCCAUCAUCGCGUUUCGAGUGCUAUUCAUCGCAUGGUCCAGCUACGACUGCAUGCUUCUUUACCGAAGCUUUCCUGGCGGCUAUCGCCCGCGGCUACGUGUUCCAAUUUAAAGCGACCAUAAUAACUACAAAGACUCUUUUUCUCAUCUUUCAAGGCGCAUAAUGGGUUUGGCGUUUGUUUGCGUUUUGGACUCUACAGCAUAUAUGCAUACGGCUUUGGCCGCUGUUUGGAGCCAGCAUGCUGAUGGCUAUGAAAGCCGGUUUUUGGCCUAUUUAACGGCCGAUAUUGCCUGUGGCGCUUAAAUCAAUGAUAUAAUUUGCUUAAGCAAAGUGGAAAAACUCCAACGUGAUUUCUUUACUAUGCGCUGUCCUGCACUAGGCCACGGUUACUGGCCAUGGGCCCAUCUUGCCACCAAUUAGUACAUGGACUCGCCACUUUCGAUAUUUCAUUGUUCUAUUUUUGAACACAAUGGGAACAAUCUGCGACCGCCAGCCCUGGAAUUUUGCUGGAUGCGUGGCGGCGGGUUACCGAUCGGGCCGCUGCGGGAGCUGCUCAGAGCCAAUCGACGGCGGAUAUAAGUGGCAA